UGUUCAAUGAUAUUUUCUUAUUUGUCUAAUAUUUUGUUGUUUUGAGAACUAUAUAUUCAUUUAGUUCUAUACUACUAGUCGGGAUUUGCAAUUGCAUUAUUAUUUGUAAUCCAGAUUGUAUUUGAUUUAUGUGUUAUUAUUAUCAAUACUCCAAGAUUAAUUAUGGUGGCUUUAUUCCUAGGUAAAGAAGAUACCAAACCUUUCAUACCAAUUUCAAGCUAAGAACCUAAGACUUGCUCUACACCUUCCUCCCAAUCACCAAACCCUACCUCUAAAUUCACCAUAAACACAACAAACCCCCUACCAUCCACCGGAUGUUGUUUCCCCACCACCACCGCCGCCGCCGCCACCAUGGACCACCUCCCCGAUCACGGCCACCACCACCACCACGCAAUGUCAUCAAAACACAUGUUACCGAAAAUCCACCACACGAGCCCAUUCAUCUGGUUCGUGGCCGUACUCUGCACCGUGAUAACGGUGGCGGUGAUAAUCGCCGGAAUCAUCGUCUUCGCCGGUUACAUUGCGAUAAGGCCGAGAAUCCCCUUCAUCUCCGUCACAUACUCUCACCUCGACCUCUUCGAGUACUCUCAAGCCGGCGUCCUCACCACCAAGGUCAGCAUCACGAUCAAGUGGGAGAACGACAACGCCAAGGCUCACGCCAGCUUCUACGACGCCGCCUUCAUCCUCAGCCUCCACGGCUUCGAGAUCGCCAAGCUUGUCGCGCCUCCCUUCGACGUCAGGAAGAACAGCUUCGUCGAAUUCGCUUACCAGGUCGAGUCCUCGCCGAUUUCGUUGAGUCCCGAUCAGAUGGAUCUCGUGGACAUGUAUCUGAAACAGGAUUUGGUUAAGUUUGGGCUGAUCGGGACGGCGAGGACGCGGUGGCGCGUGGGGUUGCUUGGAUCGGUGAAGUUCACAUUGCACUUGAAUUGUCACCUCAAUUUCAUUAAGUCGAGUAUGAAUAGCACUGGAUUGUAUUGCAGCUCCAGGAAGUAAAAUCAUUCAUUCAUUUUCUUUUCCCUCAUAGAUGAUUUGAUUCCAUGUUCUUCUCAUCUGUUGUUGUUGUAUAGAUAGUUUCUCUGUUUUUCUUUUUCAUGUUUUUGGUUCAAAUCCAUUACCAAAAUUAGGUCUAAUUAAAUAAAAAUCGGAAUUUAUAUAGAUAGAUAAGAUUUCUUA